UACUAGCUCUCUGAAUUGACCGAUUGGUUUGCAAUUUAAAGGCACAAGGUCAACUAGACCUUUUGGUAGUUUGUCUAUAUUUCCUCUGACUACUUUGUUCUUUUGUUGAGUCAAGCAAUUAAAUUAUUAGCCUAUAUUCACAAAAGCAGCGAUCACUUAUGGUAAUUCUUUUUUAGCCUUGCGGGCAACAAGAAGAAAGGAUAAAACGUUUCUAUAUAAAUUAUAUAACCAAGUACUGCUGUUUGUUUUCAGUAAACUUCUCUUCUAAAACCACGAUGAACAACGACAUUAAAAUGGAGGAAACACGCAAGUGAUUGAAACGAAGAAUUUAAACAAAAAGGUUAAAAGCUGCUUAAAAACAUUGAGACUUUUAAUCAAGCGAAUUAUUACUUACAGAUCCUAGAAAGCUGCGGGGUGCAGAAACGAAAUUUAAAAACAAGACUGUUAGACUUCAAUGAAUGCUCAUUAUAAAACAGGAAAAACACACAAUAUAGUGUUGACUACAAUUUAUAUAACAUCUUUAAAGCAAGGACUAAAAUUAGACAAAAAAAAUUAGACCGAGCAUUAAAAAUCGACGAUCAGAGACACAAUUUAUAGAAAUUCUAAAGUGAAGCUGUUUUAAUUCAAAACUGAACUCACUGAAUCUGUAAAUUGGUACAAGGUAUUGGCGGAGAUAAAUCUACAACAAGCAAAUCUAAAACAUUAUAAAUACUGAGACGUAAUUGGUACCAGUACACCAACAAAACAAUGCCAAAUGCAAUCGACAAGUCGUCUCAACUAGUAACAGAUUUUGCUGGCUAUUCGACUCUCCAUGGAUUUCAUUUUGUACUUGGUCUUCACGCUCCAAUUCGACGGUUGCUUUGGCUGUGCUUGAUCCUGUCCUGCGUCAGCUUUCUUGUAGUGCAGUUGGUCUUAAGUUAUCAGAAGUUAAGUGCGCAUAGACAUGUCCUAGACAGAGAUGUCGUUCCUUCUAAGAGCUUGACGUUUCCAGCGUUUACACUAUGUAAUAUUAACAUGAUGAAAAGAUCCAUGAUCGAUGGGACGGAUGCACAGUUGUACUUGGAUAAGCUAGAUCCUGUUAAGGCGAGCCAAGUUGUAAAUAAAACUUUAUCCAGCUCCUUCGAUCUGAAAAAGGCAGUUCUCGAGUAUGGACACACAGCAAGCGAAAUGAUAAAAUUGUGUACUUGGAAUGGGAAAAUUUGCAGUUAUAAGAAUUUUACGACAUCCUUCUCAUACACUUWUGGCUUGUGUCAUACCUUCAACUUAGGAGACAACGAAGAAGAACUAUUAAAUUCAACUUCAAACCAAAGAGAUCUUGGUCUUAUUCUAAUGAUCGAUAUCAAUGACGAUGAAUAUUACGGACCUAUUAGCUACCUGUCAACUGGGAUUAAAGUCGUCGUGCACGAUCAAAAAGAACAUCCCAUGGUGGACGAAUUUGGGGAUGAUGUCAUGCCAGGUUUCACUACUUCAAUCAAAAUCAAGCGUGAAAAGUUUCAUCGUCUAAAGCAUCCGUACAGCUCUGCCUGUGGCAGUAAAAAACUCGUCACUUCGAAUGAGUACGUUCGAAGUAUAUGUAUAUUGGAAUGCAAUACUCGUGAGAUGAUCAAGAAACGGGGAUGCAGGCUCCUUGGCAUGCCCAAUUUACCGGAAUUUAACACUACAGGAUAUUGUAAUCCGAGUGAGAUUAUAUCAGAAGAUGUGGUUACACCGAGAGCAAGCAAUUGUGAUUGCCCAUUGCCAUGUGAAGAAAUAAGAUACAGCACCGUCAACAGCUUGGGGUACUUUCCAUCAAAAACCUUUACUGAAGUUACAAAGUUGUCGUUGGUGAGGUAGGCCAUCUUAUGUAUACUAUUAAAAAACUCAUACAUAAUUGAUGAGUUAUUAUUCCAAUACAACGAGCCUAUUUGAUCACAUGCAUGGACCUUUAUAUCUGAUAAAACACUCCUUAUUAGUAUUAAUCUUUAUAUAAAGAAUACUAAUUAUAAGGGUUAAUAAAGGGUUAAUACAUGAAGGUUUAUUAAAAGUUAAUAAACUAUGAACUCCAUGUUCAGAGUGUUUUUAAAAUUAGGAUGAAAAAAAAAAUAAAAAAGUGAAAGUGAUAUAGGAAGCUCAAAGCUCCCCACUCGACGGUUGUUGGUGGGAUUUUUGAAAAGGAGUUCGCGGUAAAGUUUGGCGGAAUAUCAUUGACAGGAGCAAGGUCUGCAUUCACAUAUACGUUGCAGAGUUCAUACCAUCUCGUAAUUAAUGGAAAGAGAGAUCCAUAAAAUCCAUAAACAUAAUUAACCAAUCAACUAAAAAUAAAACACAAACAAAAACGACAACAACAAAAACAAAAAACAAUAACAACAGAAAAAAAAGAACAAAAAAAUCGAAUUCAUGCGCGGACACCUGUCCUGUUUAUGAAAACCGAUCAUAAAUACAAGUCCAGUUUAUUUGACAUCUGGGAAAUUUUCAUCAUAUAAUGAGCUUUUCUCAUAAAAGGAUCAAAAAUUAUAAUUAUUAAUUAACCAAAUGGUUUGGAUGAGUAUUUUGGGUCUCCUGGAUCGACAGUAUUGAACAACUGAUAAGUAUUGUCCUUUAUUUGUACUGUUAGAUUGAUUUUUGGACAACUUAAGCUAAUCUCGCUGACUCGCUUUGAGGUUGAGGGACAAUCGACAGCGCAUUCAAUUAUUUUCAUCUGUUCAUUGUUAAAUUAAUUUAAAGUAUUGGUAAACCUAGCAACUAAAGAGAAAUGUUCUUUUUAUACAGAAUAAAACCCCACUCAUUUCAUUGACGCAUAUUUUAAUUGCUUUUUCCCAAACGAAACUCCAGAUGAAACUGAUACGCACUUUUCAGAAUUAAAAUUUGCCAAGGCAAACAAGUUGAAAGGCAAUUCAAUGGCGUUAGCGUCAUUGGUUUACACAUUCUGUUUUUCAACCUCCUCGCCAGUUUAGUUGUGUUUCUUAACUCAUGUUGUUUUAUGUUAGCUCCCGUUGAUUAGCGAUAUACACUUCUUUGCUUGAGCUAAACAGGUUGACCUUAUUAAACAAAACUUCAUUUAUGAUUCAUAUUAAGCAGCCCGCUUAUGUCAAAUAAUUUGAAAAUCGAUAACUGACACAAAAUUACGAAGAGAGCCAAUUAUUUUAUGCUUCCUAAAGAGUUAAAAUUUUACUUUUUUAUGAGUUGAUCUUUUCUUGGAAGCUCUUUCUCAU